AUGCCACGCUGCGUAGGCGAAGUGCAUGGGAUUCCGAUCCAGCUGCUGGACAUUGAUGCGGGACGGGGCACGCCGCUCCGAGUCGAGAAGGAGAUGGUGCGUGAUCCAUGGCCGCCUGCCUCGUCGGCCACGUCGCAGCGCCCAACGCCGUCACAGAUCUCGGACACAGACGCGUACUGGGAUGCCCAGUUAUGGAGCGAUACGCUAGCCUGUCUUCAAGCAGAUUGGCACGCUAAUGCGGUAUGGUGGGAACGCCAGCUGGAGGUGGUUCACGUCCAGGGACCAAGUCCUACGCCGCAGCUUGCGAAGUGUGUCGACCAGGCCGAAGAGGCUACCUCGCCCAGCGAUACGCCAUUGGUGCAUCAACCCUGCGUCCAUCGGCAAGACCAGGCACAAGAAAUGACCUGGCACGAUCCCAUCUCGCAACGUACAUUUCUUCUACAAAUGCCACCACGCAGUGCGGCGCUUCUUACGGACUUGCUGCCCCCCGCUACACCGCGUCCUCGUCGACCGCAUGGCUGGGAAGCGAUUCAGUCCCUAGUCCAGUCGGUCGGUGGUGCGGAUGUGGUUCUCCUUGAUCCACCAUGGCCGAACCAGAGUGCAGCGCGUGUCCAUCGGUAUCGACGUCGGCAUGGCUACCAAACGAUGCCGGAUUUGUACGAUGUGUGGCGCAUUCGGCCAGUGAUGGAAACGCUCCUGCCGGACGAUCCCUUGGUCGCGGUAUGGGUCACGAAUCAUCCCAAAGUGCAAAAGUUUGUACGCGACAAACUGUUUCCCGGGCUGGGCCUGGUGACUGUCGCGGUAUGGGCCUGGCUCAAAGUCACAGCGCCGACCAAGGGCCAGGCGCCAGACAUGGUCGUACCACUAGGCGAUGGACGUGUGCGGAAGCCGUACGAGCUCUUAUGGAUCGGUGCGAAGCAUGCCUCGAUGUUCCAUGGCCCACGGCGCCAGAUUCUGGCCAGUAUACCCCUGGCGCACAGUGUGAAGCCGUAUGUCGGCGACUUGCUCUCGCAGCGGCGAGGAGCGUAUGUUGAGUUGUUUGCACGCCAUGUAUCCCAAGGGACCACACUGCAUGUGAGUAUCGGGAAGGAGGCGGUGCUGGGCAAUAUAAGGCCUGGCCACGAUGACGACGACGCAACACAGAUCCGAUAG